AUGGGUUUCGCGCACGGUCUCUCCUUCACUCCCGCCGCCCCGCCCACGCCCGUGCCGCGAUCGUCGUCCCACGGGCUUUCGUUCUCCGCUGCACCGUCUCCCACGGCCAUGGCCCUUUCCUUCACUCCCGCAGCUCAUCCCACGCCCGUACCGCGAUCGUCCUCCCACCACCAUCUCACGCUUCUGAGCGCAAGCCUUAGCGGGGACUUGCCGAUUACCGCCAAUGAGCUCCCCGUGGCGGUGUUUGCGGUCGAUCGUGACCUGGUGUGCGCGCUCUGGAACAGGCGCAUGGCGGAACUGACUGGAUGGGCGGAAGGGGAAAUCAUGCGCCUGGGGCGAUUCGCGGAAGGUCGGUUUGCGGAACGGCUCUUCCGCCCCGCCAGUGCCUCCGCGCCGUUCCGCCGAUGUGAGGACGUUCUCCGCGCCGCGCUCUUUGGCCGCGAUAUAGUCACGGCGGAGUUGCUUCUACUGAAGCGCGGAGGCAGCUGCGCGCGCGUGCGGUUAUUCGCCAGCGCGCGCACCGACGCGCUCGGUGCAGUUUGCGGUGCAAUCUGCGCCGUCAUUCCCGCGUCUUCGGGAGGCGGGGGAGGGUCGGCGGCCGCGCUGAGCGCAACUUCCGCGCAUGGCUUCGACGUGGACGGCGGCGGCGGCGGCGGGAGUGGAGGCGGCUUGCCGCCAUUUGCGCCGUCCUUUGCGGCGGGCGAAACCGAGGAAUGGCUGCAGCGGAACGCGUCGGCGGGGAGUCUGUACGGCAUGCACUCCGUGGACGAGGAAUCCGUGGGCGACGACAGCGACGCGGCCAGCAGCUGCAGCGACCUCUACCAGCUCGGCUCCGCCCCGUUCGGCAGCAGCGCCAGUUGCGGCGGGAAUUCCGGCGGCUCCAGGCGCCACGUCAUGGAGCCCGCCUUUCAAAUUGCUGCCAGGUCUCUUAACCUUUCUGCCUUACCCCCUCUUCCCCCCCCCCCGUUCGCCUCCAACUCCCCCUCUUUCCCUUGUUGUUGGGUCGAUUUUCUUGCAGCUUAUUCCUCUCUCACGGGCAUGCGUCGCAAUAUCAGCAGUGAUGCCCUCAAUAACGCGGACACGUCUCCAUCCCACCACCACCACCACUCCCACCGUUCAGCAUUCUCCUUCCAACCCACCUCUACCACUUCCAACCACCCCACUUCCACUCUCUCCUUCUCCUCCUCCCUCUCCCGCCCGCUCUCCUCCCGGCCGUACCCCACCUCCUCUUCCUCCUCCCUCUCCUCCGCCUUCUCCCACUCCUCCUCGCACUCCUCCUCCCCAAUCGUUUCCUCCUCAUCCUCGCUAGUGCGUGCUCUGAUAGCGGACGGAGUGACCACAGGGCGCAACGACCUGGCGCACCAGCUGGAGCGCUGUGGGUUUGACGUGGUCAGCGCCACGUCAGUGCAGGAAGCUGCGUGGAAAUACGAGCAGGCCGCUCUCCACGGCUCUCUCCCUUCCCCCUUUCCUACUGCUCCUCCUCCUCCUCCUGCUCCCUCUGACGCCGCCUCUGCUGCUGGCGCUGCUGCAGCUACCAAUUCCCCCGCCGCCGCCGCCAGCGCCGGUGCCCCUCAUGCCGCCGCUGCGGGUGGUGGGAGUGGGGGAGUGCUGUUCUCCCUGGUGGUCCUGGAUCUAGAGCAGGCCACCAGUAGGGCAGGGCAGGCGGCCAUUCGGGAUAUCCGGCGUGCCGAGCGGGCGCUGCUGUCUCGCCGCCUCACUCUCGGCACCGCCAAGCCUGCUGGCACUUCCGGCGCUGCUGCUGCUGGUGCUGCUGCUGGUGCUGCUGCUGGUGCUGCUGCUGGUGCUGCUGUUGGUGCUGGGUUUGCUGGGGCUGGGGCUUCUGUUGGUGCUGGAAUUGCUGGUGCUGACGGGGACAUGAGGUCUCUGGGAGGGCUCAAGGUGCUGAGUGACGAGGGCGAGGAGGACGAGGAGAGGAGUGAGGAGGGGAGGAGCGAGUGGGGUGGCGACGAUGAGGACCUCUCUCUUUUCGACGCGGACGACGACGAUUUCCGCGAAGCUGCCGAAGUGCGGCCGGCCCUCCUUUCUUCAAUCGCCCGGCCGGCGGCGCCCUCCGCGCAGUCUGCCGUCGCAACUUCCGCCGCUUCCGCCGUGACUCCCGCCGGAAUUCUAGCGGCACCUCCCGUUCUCGCGAUUUCCGAACCAGCCCAGCCGUCGCAAGCGGAAUCUAUUCCCGGGGCUGCUCCGAAGCUGAUUGGGGAGGGUCGGAUUGGGAAGUGGGAGAUCGGCGGAGCAAGCGGAACAGGCGGAGCAGGCGGGGAAGAAGCAGAGGAGGGUGGGGGUGGGGAGGGAGAAAGCGGUGCAGUGGAAGAGAGUGGGUUUGGAAGGGAUGCAGAGGAGGACGAAUCGCACAGAGAGGGAGGCGAAACGGAGAAGGCUGGUGAAAGGGAGGAGAGCUUGUUGGGUGGAGAAAAGGUAGAAGUGGCGACCGGGUUGGGUGAAGAAGAGGAGGCGAGUGGGUUGUCGCAUGUGGGAUCUGCUAACGAAGACUCUCCUAACGGGCUUGCUGCUGAUAGCGAGGGAUUUACUAAUGAGGAUGAGUCGGAACAGGAAACGGGCGGGCGGGAAGGUGAGCUGGAGAGUGGGACGAAUGCCGCAGGGGGAGCAGGGGGAGCAGGAGGAGCAGAAGGGACUGGGGGGCAAGGUCAAGGGGACCGGCGGACAGAGGGCGGGAGAAAGAAGAAGAAGAAGGGGAAAGGGAAGGGGAGAGGGCAGAACGCCGGUCCAAUUGCUGCACCAGCAGCAGCAGCAGCAGCAGCAGCAGCAGCAGCAGCAGCAGCAGCAGCAGCAGCAGCAGCGCAGAAUACAGACGCAAGGGUAGAUCUGGCACGACCCAAUGACAACCCAAGGGGCACUUCCGGUGCAGUGGGAAUCAUCCCCACAGCGAGGGCUCCCCCCUCAGGGGGGAUUUCCGCAGCAACCCCAGAUGCAGGUUCGCUGAAGGAAGAAUGGCAGCAGCAGGUGGAUGAGUUGAAGACUGCUUUGGCCCGGGAAAAAGAUGCUAGAGUGGCUGCAGAGGAGCAGGCGAAACGGGCAGAAAGAAAGGCUUCUUGCGCGGCCGAGGAAGCUGCCCGGUCGGCGGACGGGCAGCGGCGGGCAGAGGCUGAACGGGCAGAGAUGGAAAGAACGAAAGCUGAGAUGCUGAAGAAGCUGCGGCAUAUAGUAGAGGAGGCGGUGAAGAGAAAGAAGGAGGCGGAAGAGGAGAAAACCGUUGCCGAAGCUGCCGCCGCAGCUGCGGUGAAGGAUCGGAACGAGGCUCGGAAGGAGCGGGAUGAGGCUCGGGGAGAGAGGGACGGGGCCGUGCAGGAGAAAGAGCGGGCGGUGCAGGAGAGAGAGGCGGCUGUCGGUAAACUGGAGCGGCUUAUAAAGGAGCGAGAUGGAGCAGUUAGGGAGCGGGAGAGUGCGGUGAAAGAGAUUACGAAACGGUUGAGUGGUGAGAGGGACGCAGCGGUGAAGGAGAGAGAGGUGGCAGUGUUACAGAGGGGGGCGGCUGUGAGGCAUGUGGAGGCGGUGGAAGGGAGUGUGCGGCGUGCUGUGGGGAGAUUGGGAAGGGAAGCGGAGCGGGUUGAGAAGUUGUUUGAAGGGAUGUUUGGUGUGAAGAUGGGUGGCGGGAGGAUGGGUGAUGGGAGGAAGAAUGAUGGAGAAGUGGAGGGAAGCAGUGGUGGUAAUGGUGGUGGUAAUGGAGUGAGUGGUACUGGUACUGGUACUGGUAGGGGGGGGAGUGCCACUGACGAGGCUAGCCCUGCUAAACAAGCAACAGCAGCAGCGGGAGCGGCAGGGGCAGCAGGGGGAGCAGCAUCAGCAAAAGCAGCAGCAGAAGAUGAAGAAGACGUGGUGGCAAGGUUUGAAGCAGGAGUGCAGAGGGUUUCAGCGGUUAUCGAGCUGGCAGCUAAGUCCAUGCGACGGCAAAGAGAGGAGAUGGAGGAGCGAGCAGUGGCAAUGGCUGUGGAGGUUUCUCAGUUAGAAUCUGAUGUUGCUGAUGCGAAGAGGGAGGUUGAGAGAGUGAGAAAGGAAGGGGAGGAGGAGGUGGAGCGAGUGAGAAAGGAGUGGGAGAGGAGGGUUGAGGAGGGGAAGGUGGAGGGGGGGAGAUGGAGGGCGGCUGCUGAGGAGGCGGAGAGGAGAGUGAGGGAGGUUGAGGAGGAGAGGAGGAGGGAGAGGGGGAGGGUGAAGGAUUUGGAAAGGGUGCGAGGGGAGUUAGAGCGGUUGAGAGAGAAGGUUGGGAGGAGCGGAAAGAAUGAUGGUUCAGUUGGAGAGGGGGUAGAAGGUGGGGAACGGAAUGAAGGGAAGGAGGACACGGAAGGGAAGGAAGGGAUGGAGGAGGAGGGGAGGGAGGGAAGCGUGGAGGAGAUCAAAUGGGUGGAGAGACGGUUGGAGGAGGCUGAAAGGGCGGAGAGGGAGAUAGAGCUGCUGCAGCAGCAUGUGGAGGAGGAGAGGAGGGAGAGUAAGGAGGAGAUGGAAAAGAGCAGAAUUGAGUUGCAGCAGGUGGAAGGGGCAUUGCGCAAGGAGAGGGAUGUGGGGAGGCGAUUAAAGGAGACAUUGGAGGGAUUGCAGAGGGAGGGGUUGCGGGCCGCAGAACAGAUCGCGGCACUCCAGGCCAGCUUAUCGGAGUGUGAGGCGGAGGCGGGCCGAUGGUGGGAGGCAGCCAAGGAGGUGGGAGGAGCAGAGCAGACUGCAUAUGCUUCCGCAGCGCCCCAUCUGGCUGAGUGUGAGGCGGAGGCAGGCCGAUGGCGCGAGGCGGCCAAGGAGGAGGCGGCAGCGGGGAGUGCAGUGGCUGAAGAGAUGGAGGAGAUGCGCGGGCAGCUUCUUACCCUGGAAGGCGAGGCCGAGAAGUGGCAGAGGGCAGCAGAGGAGGCACAAGCCAUGCUGACGUCACGCGACGAGCUGGCAGCAGCAGCAGUUGCCGCCCGGGAAGCCGCAGAGCGGUCGCUACGGGCGGCAGACAGGCGGGUGGCGGAGUUGCGUGAACGAGUGGAGGAAUUGCAGCAGCAGCUAGAAGACGAAACAACCCACCGUAGCGGAGCUAGGGGGGCUGAGAAUGCAGGUCGGGGAUGGGGGUUGAGUGGAGUGUGGGGACCAGGAGAGGGAAGGGGCGGGAGUGUGGUGGGGACAGGGCAAGGGGGAGGGGUUGCUAGCCGGCUGUGUUGCUGUUGGCCUUGGUUGUCAGUGGGAAGAGGGAGAGGAAGAGGAGUGAGUGGGGAGUCAGGAGGAAGGGAUGCAGAUGAUGAUGAAGGUAGUGCUUUGGAACAGCUGAUGGUGCCACUUGUUUGA